AUGCAGAUCAUCAAGCGCUCGCUGAGCAAGUUUUCCUUGAAGCGCUUCGCUGCUCUCUUCGAGAACCGUACCAUGGCCAUCACUACCUGCCUUCUCUGGUUCCAGUGGAAGACCGUCGGUAUGGCAUACCCUCUGUUCAACGCCUUCCUGCCUCAGUACCUUGCCAAAUCUGGCGGCGACGUCACCAACGAUGUCGCAACUGCUCACCGUAACUAUGCUAUUACUGCCAUCGUUGGUGUUCCCGGCUCUUUGCUCGCUUGCUGUACCGGCGACCUGAAGUAUACCGGCGGCAAGGGCACAAUGGCCUUCGGAACGCUCGUCACUGGCAUCUUCGUCUUUCUCUUCACAAUCUCCUCCGACUCCGACUUCCAGCUGGCGUUCACCUGCCUGGAGGCUUUCUUCCAGAACAUCAUCUACGGAGUCCUGCGCUUACACUCCGGAAGUGUCUCACGCCCCUGCUUAUUCAUCGCUACGUUUUUCAUCAUGCUAUUGCUGCCUAUCGAGACUCGUGGCAAGCAGACUUUGUAG